AUGGGAAUCAGGAAUCAGACGCAGGUGGUGGAAUUUGUCUUCCUGGGUUUCUCAGGCAUUCCAAAUGGCCACGUCUACCUCUUCUUGGCAUUCUUGGCCAUCUACUUGGUCACUGUACUGGGGAACCUCAUGAUACUUAUUCUGAUUCAGCUGGACUCCAGCCUCCAUAGCCCCAUGUAUUAUUUCCUCAGCCAUCUCUCCUGCUUAGAUAUUUUCACCUCCUCUGUCACAGUCCCAAAGAUCGUGGUGAACCUCUUGCAACAACAGCAGACCAUCUCCUACAACGAGUGCAUGGCCCAGAUGUUCUUCCUGAUCUCUUUCAUGGGUGCCGAGGGUGGCCUGCUGGCCAUCAUGGCCUACGACCGCUACGCCGCCAUCUGUAAACCUCUGCAUUACUCCCACCUCAUAAACACCAAGGUGUGCACCAUACUGGCCGUUGCCACUUGGAUCUGGGGCUUUCUAGACUCCGCUCUACACACGGCACUCAGCACCAGGUUGGACUUCUGUGGAGUCAACCAGCUUCACCACAUCUUCUGCGAUCUCCCUCCACUGAUGAAAGUUGCUUGUAACAAUGCAUACAUCAAUGAACUGGCCCUCCAUAUAUCUGGAAUUUUUGUGGGUGGGGGCCCCUUCCUGUUCAUUAUUUUCUCAUACGUCUUCAUCCUGUCCUCCAUUUUGAAUAUCCGUUCCACUACUGGUAAAAGCAAAGCCUUUUCCACUUGUGCGUCUCACCUCACGGUUGUCUUCAUUUACUAUGGAAAUGCGUUACUGAACUACCAGAGGCCAAGCACGGGUUACUCCUUGGCGACGGGCACUUUGGCCUCCACCAUGUACUGUAUCAUCACCCCAAUGCUGAACCCCAUAAUUUAUAGUCUACGGAACAAGGAAGUGAACGGGGCUCUGAAGAAGGUUGUGGAAAGCUGGAGGAAAUGUCAACAUUCUCCUUCGAUCAAAUAG